GGGAUUCUGAAUCAGUCUACUGUCAGGUCAAUGUUUUUGCCAGUAGACGAGUAGACUGGUAGCCCGCGCAUGUUCUUUUACAUCUUGUAUUUCUUUUAUUGUAAAGUUAUCGGUGAAAUAAGAGCCAAGUGACAUUCAGAAGUUUGGGAAGCAUGUGUAUACCGACUUUGCAUGACCGUAGAAGUGGAGAAGAGCAGCGGUCCCUCAACGAGAGUUGCAUUGUGGAAGGGCAGUGAGCGGGGGAUGAUGUUAUCGUCUCUGAGCCCCAAGCACCUGGCUGGUCCGGGGCUGACAGACGUGCAGCAGUACAGCCAGUGGCUGGCCAGCCGCCACGAGGCCAGUCUACUGCCCAUGAAGGAGGACCUGGCCCUCUGGCUCACCAGCAUGCUGGGUCAGGAGAUCACCGCAGAGAGCUUCAUGGAUCGCCUUGACAACGGCUUCCUGCUCUGUCAGCUGGCGGAGACACUGCAGGAGAAAUUCCGACAGAACGGCGGCGAGAUGGCCAAGGCCGUGCCCAGCCGUAAGAUCCUGUGUCGUGCCAGUGCCCCCUCCGGCUCCUUCUUUGCCCGUGACAACACGGCCAACUUCCUGGCCUGGUGUCGGGAGGUGGGGGUGGGGGACACCUGCCUCUUUGAGUCAGAUGGACUGGUUCUUCAUAAGCAGCCAAGAGAGGUGUGUCUCUGUCUGCUGGAGCUGGGAAGAAUCGCCUUGAGGUACAAAGUGGAGCCUCCUGGCCUGAUUAAACUGGAGAAGGAGAUUGAGCAGGAGGAGAGGGCCCCUCUGCCCCCUCCCUCCCCGCUCUCCCCUCUGGUCUCCCCCACCAUCUCCCCCUCGGUCUCCCCGGCGCCCUCCCCCAACAAGACCUCCUCCAGCAGCAGCAGCAGCAGCAGCAGCAGCAAGAAGAGCACCGGCAAGCUCCUGGACGACGCUGUCAAGCACAUCUCGGAGGAGCCGCCAUGCAAGUGCCCCAACAAGUUCUGUGUGCAGCGCCACUCACAAGGGCGCUAUCGAGUCGGAGAGAAGAUGCUCUUCAUUCGGAUGCUACAUAAUAAGCAUGUGAUGGUGCGUGUGGGCGGCGGCUGGGAGACCUUUGAGAGCUACCUGCUGAAGCACGACCCGUGCCGCAUGCUGCAGAUCUCCCGCGUGGAGGGCAAGACCUCGCCGCUCUCCAAUAAGCCGCCCAACAUCAAGGACCUCAGCCCAGACAGCUACCUGGUGGUGGCGGCCCACUACCGUGCCAAGAAGUAGCACCACGGACCAGGGACCAGGCCGA